AUGGCUUUAGCUCGCCUGUGCCUCCGCACGGCCCUGGCCGGCCGCGCGGCAGCUACGGCGAGGCCAGCGUCUGCCAGUUCUCGCGGGAGACUGGACCUUCGGUCUCUCUUCUCGUCCGCGGCUGCUGACAGCGCCGCGGCCAAGGCUCCCCUGGAAGGAGAGACGAACCGCCGGGAGGUCGCCGUGGCAGACCGCUCCAGCUCUGCCACUGCUCGCGGCGGCCGUUGGCCUUGGAGAGACCUUCGGGACUUGGCCCCGUUCCGUCUCGUCAACGGGCUGGGGAGCGCGCUGUCGCACGUUGCGGAGACCCUGAGCCGGCCGCUGGAGCGGUGGCGGCCGCUGUUCGGGAAGGUGCGGGAGGACGAGGAGCGGUACAGGCUGCGGUUCGAGGUGCCGGGGCUCGGGAAGGACGACGUGCGGGUCACCGUGGAGGACGGCGCGCUGGUCAUCCGGGGCGAGAAGAGGGUGGAGGAUGAGCACGGUGGCGACGGCGAAUGGUGGUCGGCGAGCAGCUAUGGGUGCUACCACGCGAGCCUGCAGCUCCCGGAGGACGCGCGGGUGGAGGGUAUCGCGGCGGAGGUAAAGGACGGCGUGCUGUACCUGACGGUGCCGCGAAUGCCCGAGAGGGAGAGGAGCGUCACUGAGGUGAAGGUGCAGUGA